AUUGUGAAAAACUUCUCCACUCCACCACCGCCACCUUAACUAUUCCCUUUUCUCUCUCUGCAAUUUUUUUUUUCUUUCUCUCUCGCUGGAGAGUCCUCAUUCAUCCACUCUUCUCUUUUAGCGUCCCAUCACCAAUCUUUUCUCUCUCUCUCCCCUUUCUUCUUCCUUAUCUUCCUGAAAGUCAUGAAAGGCAAAACACAAUCUCCUGCCCGUGAAAAGAUCUAUCGAAAUUAACUAGAACCCAGAUAGCUUCUUCAACUUUGAACUUUGCAGAAGAAGAAGGAGCAUUGAAUCUACCGAACAGUUCUAAAAAAGGGAGCUCAAGACAAUAAGAAAAUAGGUAAAAUUGCAGCCGAUCGUUCAUCACCUUGUUAACGAUAGCAUAUUUGCUUCUCAUGGACUCUGCAUCAGGAGGGACGGGAGCACCCGACCCGAAUAGUGGGGAACCGAGUGCAUCACCAGCAGCAACAGGAGCAUCGUCAUCAUCGCAAGGACAAGCAGAGGGAUCAUUUCAAGCUCCGCUGAGCCGGUAUGAGUCACAGAAGAGACGAGACUGGAACACUUUUUUACAGUACUUAAAGAACCACAGGCCACCAUUAACUCUGGCUCGCUGCAGUGGUGCACAUGUGAUCGAGUUCUUGAAAUAUUUGGAUCAAUUUGGCAAGACCAAGGUUCACAUAACGGGUUGUCCGUAUUUUGGGCAUCCGAGUCCCCCCGCACCCUGUGCUUGCCCUCUCAAGCAGGCGUGGGGUAGUCUCGACGCGCUAAUCGGUCGGCUCAGAGCGGCCUACGAAGAGAAUGGUGGAAAACCAGAAUCUAAUCCUUUUGGAGCGAAAGCGGUGAGGAUUUAUCUGAGGGAAGUCAGAGAAGGACAAGCCAAAGCCAGAGGGAUACCCUACGAGAAGAAGAAACGGAAACGGCCUGCUGCGGUUACUGCGGCAGCUGUUCCGGCCAAUAUUUCGGUAUCAGUCAGCCAAGGUGUUGAAAUCGGUGAUGGUUCUUCCAGCGGCGGCGGCGGUGGAGAUGGGUCUGGUAACUUUGGUGGGGAAACUAGCACUGUUAUUGCUGCGAGUACUGCUCCCGCUGCUGCUACUACUACGACAGCCGUAUAGUUUUUUACUUUAUAAUCUCCUCAUUCUAAUAUGUCUUAAUUGUGAUUAUAUUUAUACACAUAUAAUCUGAAGUUUCUCUUUAGAAUUGGGUUCGAACAAUUAACAAAAUUUAGCUAGAAAUCUAGUUAGAAAUUAGUGCUCCUCUCUUGUUCUUCUUGAUCUUACGACAGCAACUACCUUGAGUAUAAGAAAAGUUUGCUAUAUAAUAAUACAAAGAAAACGUAAGAGGAGAAGGAUGGAGAAGAUUAGAAUUGAGAA